UAUAAAUACAUACAGAAAUCACAGUUCGAUCUCGACCUGUAGUUCAUUCAGGGCGCGCGACAAGAACAAGAUGGGUGCUGCUCCGGGCGACAGGAAGCCGCACGCGGUGUGCCUGCCUUACCCGGCGCAGGGGCAUAUCACGCCGAUGAUGAAGCUGGCCAAGGUCCUCCACUGCAAAGGCUUCCACAUCACCUUCGUUAACACCGAGUACAACCACCGGCGCCUCGUGCGCUCUCGCGGGCCCAGCGCCGUCGCGGGCCUCGCGGGCUUCCGCUUCGCCACCAUCCCCGACGGCCUGCCUCCAUCCGACGUCGGCGACGGCGAUGCCACGCAGGACAUCGUGUCCCUCUCCUACUCCACCAUGACCAACUGCCUCCCCCACUUCAGGGACUUGCUUGCCGAUCUCAACGGCACGCCUGAUGGGGUGCCGCCGGUGACAUGCGUCGUGGCGGACCACGUCAUGAGCUUCGGCUUGGACGCUGCGGCGGAGCUCGGCGUGCCAUGCGCACUGUUCUGGACUGCCAGCGCCUCCGGUUACAUGGGCUACCGCAACUUCCGAUUCCUCAUCGACGAGGGCUUUGCUCCUCUCAAAGAUGAAGAGCAAUUGACGAACGAGUACUUAGACACGCCGGUGGACUGGGCUCGUGGGAUGAGCAAGAACAUGCGCCUUAGAGACUUCCCAAGCUUCAUUCGAACAACUGACCGCGGUGACAUCAUGCUCAACUUCUUGAUACACGAGGUAGAGCGCAGCGGUAGCGGGGCUGCGAUCAUCAUCAACACCUUCGACGAGCUGGAGCAGCCAGCGCUGGACGCCAUGCACGCCAUCCUCCCGCAAAUCUACACCAUCGGUCCGCUCAACUUCCUCUUCGAGCAGCUGGUCCCCGAGGAUGGGUCGCUCGGUGCGAUACGCUCUAGCCUAUGGAGGGAAGACCACUCCUGUCUCGAGUGGCUCCAUGGCAAGGAGCUGCGGUCCGUGGUGUACGUCAACUACGGGAGCAUAACUACAAUGUCCAGCCAAGAGUUGGUGGAGUUUGCGUGGGGCUUGGCCAACUGUGGGUACGAUUUCCUAUGGAUCCUGAGGAAUGACCUGGUGAAUGGUGACACCACCGUGCUGCCCCCUGAGUUCCUAGAGUCAACCAAGGGCAAGUGCCUCCUGGCGAGCUGGUGCGAGCAAGAGGCGGUGUUGCGGCACGAAGCGGUUGGCCUAUUCCUCACACACUGCGGGUGGAACUCCACAAUGGAAGGCUUGAGCGUCGGGGUGCCCAUGUUGUGCUGGCCGUUCUUCGCCGAGCAGCAGACCAACACCCGUUACUCAUGCAUGGAGUGGGGUGUGGGGAUGGAGAUCGGUGACGAUGUACGCCGAGAGGUGGUCGAAGCGAGGAUCAGGGAAGCCAUGGGAGGAGAGAAGGGGAGAGUGAUGAAGCAGAGAGCGGUGGAAUGGAAGGAGACGGCUGUUCGGGCAACAUCACCUAAUGGGAGGUCGUUGGCCAACUUUGAGGAUCUGCUCAAGGAUGUCCUAAUCCCCGGGUGAGAAACAUGCGGACUCAUGGGUCACCGACUUGAGUUCUUGCGUCGACUGAUAAUUGGUAUCUGGAUCAUAUACUGCUCCCGUUGUUUGCUGUUAAAAAUGAAAAUGCUGCUCAUGUUGUUUUACACACUAGAAUAAGAGUCGUUGUUGAGUCGUCGUGCACGUCGUAUGUGUGACCAGUUUCCACAUUAUUUGGCGUAAUAAAGGGAGAUGCAUGUUGUGCAAAAAAAA